CACCCCUUGAAAGUCUACACUCUGUUCAGGAAACCGUUUAGUUGUGACACGAGGACCUGAAUUAAUGAACAAGCAUCAUGUCGUGGUUGGCUUUUUUACUGCUUUUUGCUGUUCAACAGGGAGGUGACAGUACCAGCAGCCGCGGUAACGACGCUAACUGCGGGAAGGCUUCCGUCGGGCUUCCGCCGGCCCGGGUCCACGGCGGUCAGUACGCCACACAGGGGAUGUUCCCGUGGAUGGUCAGUCUGAAGAACCUCAAACCCGAAAACCUGCACCUGAAGCACUACUGUGGCGGCACGCUGUACAACAACCAGUGGGUCAUCACCGCUGCACACUGCGUGGACGAGCCACAUGGAGCAACCGAUCCAAGCAUGUGGCGAGUCCGAGUUGGCCUGGCGUCUGUGGUAACCUGGGAGGACGGCAGACAGGACUACAACGUGUCCAAGGUCAUCAUCCACCCCGUGUACCACCUGGUUACCGUGGACACGGCUUCCCAGGGGCAGGGCUUCGCGCACCACGACAUCGCGCUGAUCAAGCUAGCCAGCCCUGUUAAAGUGAACAGCUUGGUGAAUAACAUCUGCCUGCCCGACGCGGACGCGACCCCCGGGACUGACUGUGUGCUGAGUGGGUGGGGCUAUCAUGAUAUACAGAACCAGGUGGAGAAUUCUGAAUCGGAAAUACUGAAGUGGACGUACGCCCCCUUGCUGGACCCUGGGUACUGCAGCCAGGACCAUGUCUGGGGUACAUGGAUGGUGACCAGUCUCCUGGUGUGUGCGGGGUACGAGCACGGGCAGGACGACGCUUGUGACGGAGACUCUGGUGGUCCGCUCAUCUGCCCGUCCCCUGACGGCAGCCGAUGGGAACUGCAGGGAGUCGUGAGCUGGGGUGACCACCCGUGCGGUCAGACAAACAAACCCACCAUGUACACCCGGGUCACCGCCUUCAGGAGCUGGAUCGAGCAGAACAUCCAAGCAGCCUAGACUCAGCCUAGAGGACACUCAGUAGAAUAAAGUGA